AUACACUUAUGUAGUGUGUUUUGUGUUGUUCUCUGUUUUAGUGAGUGAUUAAAAUUUCAUAUUUUCAGUAAAUAGGUAUACCAUAAACAUACCGAAUUCAUUUCAAGAAAAUCAAUUUAUACCUAAUAUUUUCUGUCACGGUCAUUGCCCGAUAAUUAUUUUCUAGUUUGAAUAAAUAUUUAUCCAAAAUUUUAUUCCAUUACCUAAAGAAGGUGUGCGUGUGUAAAUAGUGAUUUGGUAACAUUGUGUUCUUUGUGUCGUUUACGCGAUUAUUCACAAUGCCUAUAUUAUUCAGUAUCGUGGCUAGAGGCACUGUAGUCCUCGCUAAAUAUGCAACUUGUCAGGGUAAUUUCACUGAAGUCGCAGAGCAGAUUUUAUCAAAGAUUCCGCCCCACGACGAUAAGUUGACAUAUUCUCACGGAAAUUAUCUAUUCCAUUACAUAGCAGAGAACAAAUUGGUUUAUUUCUGCAUCACUGACGAUAAAUUCCAACGUUCGAGAGCGUUCUUAUUUCUUAAUGAGAUAAAAAGAAGAUUCACUACAGCAUUUGCUGACACCGCACAGACAGCAAUACCUUACGCCAUGAACAGUGAAUUUGGUCGGGUUCUUGCCACUGAGAUGAAACAUUACAGUGAAUCUCGAGACUUGGACAACAUUUCAAGAGUUCAUGGAGAAUUAGAUGAAUUAAAAAAUAUAAUGGUUAAAAACAUUGAUAACAUGGCAAUGCGUGGAGAAAAGCUAGAACUGCUUGUGAACAAAGCUGAUAACUUAGCCACUAGUUCAGUGUCGUAUCGCGCUACUUCUCGCACACUUCAACGCUCUCUAUUCUGGAAGAAUAUCAAAAUGUAUGUCAUAUUGGUGUCCAUAGCAGCAUUGGCGGUUUACUUAAUAGGAGCGAUGGCGUGUGGAGGCCUCGCAUGGAAAUCUUGCGUCGGUUAAUCAAAUAA